AUGCUGAUCACGUACGAGUGUGGAACGUACUCAGCACCCUUGUGCUAUCCUGGUGUCUGUGAAGCGCCAAAGUGGGUAGACCAGACUGUCGACAUCUUCGUCAAGCGACUUGCGGCCGCUGACCGGGAGACUGCUACCAAUGCCUGGCUUCUGCAAAGAGGGCCUGGUAUUGCUUCCAACGAUCUGGAAUCUAAAAUGAGCACCUUGUACAAACAGCUAAAAGGGACCGUGAAUGUUUACACGAUGGAUCAUCGCGGCACUGGGCGCAGCACGUUACUGAAUCGUCCGGCAGCCCAGACAAUCACGAGCGGCUCACCUGGAGGAAAGAACAUUGAUCCUAAAGAAUUUCCUUCGUGUGCCCAAGCACUGGAGCGUAAAUACGGAGACCUCGCGUCAUUCUCGACGACGAGUGCUGCAAAAGAUCUCGUAACCUUCAUUACCGAGUUCUCUAAUGGCCAGCGCACUAUUGUGUAUGGUACCAGUUACGGGUCGUUAUUGGUCGAACGAGUCAUACAUCUUGCCCCACCACAAGUUACUGGAUAUGUUAUGGAUGAUGUUACUUACACAUCGAGAACAUCUACCGGAGUAUUCCCCUACAUGUCGUAUGCGGACACUGAUUAUGGCGAAGUUGGCGACGCUUUCAUGGGUCUUUGUGCGCAAGACCGUGGCUGUAGUGCCCAUUUCAAGAAACCGCAUACCUUAACGUCCACACUUGACAAUGUGUUGGCCAAGCUUGACAAGAAACCCAACUCAACGUGUGCAUCAAUCGUGAGUAAAAGUGAUGAUGAAGUGACUUUACCGUCUCAUGCAUUGCGCGCUUUCUUGAGCUCAUUGCUACUAGAUUCAACUAUGCGCAACGCAAUCCCUCCAGUAGUUUUCAGACUCAAUCGCUGUCAUCGCAAGGACGUCGACGUCUUGAAGUUCUUCUUCAAAUACUAUGGAGAAGUCAUCCGAGCCUCCAGUGUCGCAGAGUACGGCAUCAACGGGGGUAUCUACGUGAUGGCUCCGUUGUACUGUGCUUUCUCAAAAGAAAAGUCCAAGGCGUGUAACGAGCGUAAACUGGGCAACUACGAUGCACCGGGAAUCAUCUACGAACAUGACAAGUACUGGAACGCGACCGCUAAAAUUCCUGUUGACGCCAGUGUUCUGUUGAUGAGCAGUAAAUUAGACGCUCAAACACCACACAAGAAUGCGAAAGAAUUUCUGAAAGCACUUGGUGGCGACAACAAGGAGCUAAUCACCUUUGAUCAUUCUGCUCACGGCGCGCUUUUGUGGACACAACUUGACCCCCCAAAACCUUAA